CAUUUUUUGUGUAUUAAGGUUUUGUAAACGUUUGGAAUGAUGGAGGAAAUCGAAGCAUGUAUUUAACGGCGAUGAGGAUUUCCCCCUGCUUUCAUUAUUUCAAGUUUACGAAUGAUGACAUAAAUUCAUAUUUAGAGACAACCGUUUACUAAAGUACAAUAUAUUUUUAUGAGAAUCGGAUCAAUGUAAUAUGGAAGGAAUGGAUAGUAACACACAAUAUGACGAAUUUAUUGUCGAUUCGUCUAAAAUGCAAUUGGUUCAUGAAAUUCAAAAUAAGGUUGAACGAAUGUUCAGUAUCAAAAUGUAUGCUGACAAAUCUACGGAUGACAAUUGUAAAAAGAGCUGGUUGAAAGUAGAAGGACAAAAAUGUGACAGGAAGAAUGCAAGGGAAUAUAUUUUAGCUGUCUGUCACCCUGAGUCCAAGCAAAAACUUCAUAUAAAGGAUUCCAACAGUGAUUUGUUAGAUGAAGAGACUCUUGAAGAUAUAGAGAUACAGACAGGUGCACACAUAACAGUCCAUGAUAAAAUUGUGGAGAUUGGAGGAUCAGAACUUACUGUUAUUUUAGCAAUGACUUCUUUAGAAAGUAAAGGAAUGGUUGUUGAUGAUACAGAACCAGAUGGAGAAAUGGACGAAAAAUCAGAGAUGCCUCAAAAAUCUGCCGCAAAAAACAAGUGGUCUAGCAAAAUGGACUCCCAGUUAGAGAGGUUGCUGUGCAAUACAACUAAACGUACAGACAGCAUAUCUAUUUCUGACUUUGAGAAAACAUCACCUUCAAUUAAAAUGACAAUUUUGAAAUGCAUGACUGACAUGGAAGAUGUAAGUGACAAUGACUUGUUUCCAAGCAGCAGAGAUGGUACUCCAUCUUAUAAAUUACCCAUUUACGAUGAAAGUGAUGAAGACAAAGUAGGAAGCGAUUCUGUAGAUGGUAAAAGUGUGAAAUACUUGAUUGAUAAAUUUACAACAGCUCAGAUUUCUCCUUCAUCUUCUCCCAAAGCAUCAGUUGAAAGUAAAGUAAGUGGAUUUCCUGAGGAAAAAUAUUUCAGGUCCUUUGGAAAGAGUGUUGGAUAUUCUGAGACAGAAGUAGAAGAAGGAUUACAGUUGUGUGAUGAUAAAACAACACCAGCAGAGUUUCUAGGCAUAUUGAAUAGUGUACAGGAAAAGUUGAAAGAAUCAGAGACUAAAGAUUUAGCUGAAGAGGCAACAAUGGAUGUUUCUCAAAAUAGCUUCCCACCCCCACCUAAUGUGCCUUCCUUAUCUUCUACACCAGUUAAUGGAAGAAGGAGUCUCCCUAAAGAAUACAAGAAAAAGCUGGUAAAGGACUUUAAUGAAGAAACAGAUGAUUUGUCAGUGGAGGAAUUAAAAAGAAGAAAUGUAGAGAGACAAAAAGUGUUGAAGUCAGCCUUUGAACAGGAGUCUGGGAACACUUCAGAGACAAAAUCACCACAGAAAAAGAAAAGAAAGAAAAAGAAAAAGAAGAAAAAUACUGAUCCAGUGAAGUUCAUUGGUGAAGGAUCAAAAGAAAACCCAGCCAUUGUUUGUAGCUCUGAUGAUGAAGAGGAGACUCAGGUUAUGACUGUGUGGAAUGACAAACCGGAUCAGGCAUCAGACAGUGAUGAUUGUAUGAUUGUAGAUGAAACAUUCCCAGUUACUGACCCUCUGACAGAAAAUAACUCAAAUCAACCAAGAUCUCAGGUACAAAGUCAGCCAAAGCAUGGACAUACUGAUAGAUCUUCAAGAUUUGAUCAACCACCCAGUGAUAGAGUUGCCUCAUAUUCUGCUGAUUUUCAGUAUACAGACUCAGACAAAGGUGGGGAUGAGCCUUGGAGAGUGGUACAAAAACCACAUCAGCAAUUUUCUAGAUUUAAUCAACCAUCCAAACUGGGUGGUCUUCCGAAUCCAGGUGAUUUUCAGCACAUAGGAAGAGCAGCAAAUAAUUUGCCUUUAUUUCGCUUUGAUGUACCUCCCCCACCCUUGAGACAAAAUGAUGGUAUGACGGGGCCAAAUGGGCUUUAUACAGCAAAUCCCAACCCACCACCUUCUGUCACAGCACCUAUACUAGGAGCUGGUGCACCCCCUUUUAACCAGCAGAAGAAUCUGCGUUAUGUUGUGAUUGAUGGCAGCAAUGUGGCAAUGUGUCAUGGAUGUGGUAAAAUAUAUUCUUGCCGGGGUAUUAAGAUAGUAAUUAACUACUUCCUCCAGAGAGGCCACACUAAGAUCACAGCUUUUGUCCCAGAGUGGAGGAAAUACAACCCUCGUCCAGAGAACCCCAUUCUAGAGCAACGCCUACUUGUUCAAAUGCAAGAAGAAGGACAUUUGGUCUUCACUCCAUCAAGGAGAAUCAACAAUCGCCUUAUAGCAGCUUAUGACGAUAGAUUUGUUUUGGAGCUGGCAGAACGAGAGGAAGGUAUUAUUGUGUCCAACGACCAGUACAGAGACCUCAUGAGGGAAAAGUAUAGCUGGAGGAAAAUCAUUGAAGAUAGACUUCUGCUGUUUUCAUUUGUUGGAGAUAAUUUUAUGCCUCCAUUUGAUCCUUUGGGAAGAAAUGGCCCAACAUUAGAUCAGUUUUUGUGUAUGCCAGAAAACAGAAAACGGCACACUGUUCCAUAUUAUCAAGAGAGAAACCCACAGAUUAAUGCAUGGAAUGCUGGGAAAAGGCAGUGUGACAAUUUUAACUCCAGACAAUCAGGGCAGGCAUACCAAAGGCCCCCUCUACAAGCAUGGGUCAGACCUCAGCAUGCACCUCCACAGAGACAGUAUGACAAUAAUCAAGCUCAACAGGGAGGGCGAGGAAAAGGAGGAGGAAGAUCUAACAAUCCUCCAAAGCCACAGAAGUCUGAACCUGUACGGAGUAAAGCUAAAUCAAAGGAGAUAGAGGAACAGCUCAAGGCAAUAUUUCCAGAGAACGGAGAUAAGAUCAGUGAAAUUCUCCAAAAUCAUCGUUGCGAGACUGAUUUGGAGAAAUUGUCAAAUUAUUUGAUGAAUGCUGUUUUCUCUUCAUAAGGAGUUAGUCUGUGAGAGUGUGUGGUUGCUGGUACAUAGAAUUAAUAGAUACAUGUAAUAUUUCUAGUCAGCUGUUAAUCUGACAUAUUGUAAAUGACUAUUGCAUUGAUAAAUUUAUAACAUUGAAGUCAAAGGUCAAUGUUUUAAUUUAAAAGGGCAACUUUGUCACAUAUCAUAUGGUAAUAAAACAAAUUUAUAGGAGUUUAAUCCUUGAAAUUACACAUAAAUAGUCUCUCUCACCAAAUUAAUGACAAGGUCAUCCACUCAUAUAAGGUAACUGGAUGGCAUCUUUUAUAUUGUGAUGUAGCACUGGAACUUUGUAAGAAGAGUCAUUUCAUGUUUCAUCUUUGUAAAAAGCAUAUAUCAAGUAGAUAUAACUUAUAGUUGGAGACAUCAGUUCACAAAUUCUCUUGUUCUUUUAGGCUGCAGUUUAUCAACAAUCAAGCAUCCUCAUUCAGUGUACUGGUAGAUUCAUGUUAAGAUUGGGGUUUUGAGUUUGUUAAGAAAUUCACUAAAGAAUUCUUAAGAGAACAAUGUGAUGAAUUAUUAUGUAGUGUAAAUUCAAGUUGUUUCAACCAUUACUGCCAAAGCCAUAAUAUGGGUUAGUUUGUUCAGGAUUCUUACUUAAUUGAUUUUUCGAAAUAUUUUGUGGUAAUUUCCUUUUCAAAAACAAGGGAGCACAUUUUGACAAAUUCACAUGCAAAUUGAUAUUUAGUGUAUAAUUAAGUUUAUAUGUUUGAUUGUACCUGGAGCAGUGGUAAGGCCACGAAAGGGGUUGAAAGUUAUUUAUAGGAAUGUCUCAAGAAUGUACAAGCUAGAUUUUGCUAACAUUUAAGCUUUACUUGAUCAGUUCAAGGUCACUUUCAGUGAAAGGAAUUGCAUUUCCUCUGUUGAGCACAUGAUUUAACUCCUUUAUAUAGAUGAAGAGAGGCCCAGAUAUUCUGUACAUUCAAAACAUAGUAAAUGAAGACUAAUUAUUCCUAUUGCAAUGAUAUCUAAUCUAACUAUCAUAAAUACAGUAUUCAGUCAUACCCUUGUUCAUCUUCCUGAGUCAAGGCUUUCUCAUUCACUCUGCUUCAUAUAAAUGUCAGAAACCCGUGACUCGGGGAAGAAGAGUUUAUGAUAUAAACAUUUCUAGAAUCUAAAUGCAAAUAGUUUGCACAUUAUAUAAUCCCACUACAUUUUUAGUAUAUGAUGCAAUUGUUGAGUUCAUAUGUUGUACAUAUUUUGAAGGCUUUGGUCAUGAUCGACUUUGAAUAGCUUGAGACAUGUUUUGCAUUCCAGCUAUUUUGUAAAAGUCUCGCUGUAUAUACUUUUUAUUAUGGUAUGCUUAACAAAAUGUGCAAUGUUUGGUUUUGAUAUACAAUAAAUAUAUCUAAAUGUU